AUGGUGCAAAGAAACUUGAUUACUUUAAGAAAUUUAAAAAAUAUUCCUUCUUUUACAUCUAUUCUCUUUGGAACGGCAAAAUUUCAUAGCAAGCACCCUACAUGCUUUAAAACAUCUUUUAUAAGACAAGGACUUGGUCCAGCACCUCCUCAAAUCGUUAUUGGUUCAGUAAAUGAUCCUUCACCUGUACCUACACCGUCUCCUAUGCAUGGAAGCUAUCACUGGACAUUUGAACGACUUAUUUCUUUAUCUUUGGUGCCAUUAGUUAUGGCACCUUUUGUAGGUUCAAGUACAAAUCUCAUUCUUGAUGCAGGACUUUCACUAGCACUUAUUGUUCAUUCUCAUAUUGGGUUUGAUACAUGUAUUACAGAUUAUUUUCCUAAGCGAGAAUAUGGAUCUUUUUCUACAUUUAUGAGAUGGGUGCUACGAGGGGCAACAUGCCUUGUUUUUGCUGGGCUUUAUGAAUUCGAAACAAAUGACGUUGGAAUUACAGAAGGAAUUAAACGUAUUUGGAAAGCAUAA